UACGAACGUGCUUAUGGACAAGCAUGUGCUUCCUAGCACAAGCAUGCUUUUAUCCUGGAAGAUUUACUCUGGAAUGCCCUGACUUAAAUCAUUUAGAGGUGUUGUUUUGUGAUAAAUUGAAGACAUUUCAAAAUCAACAAGAGCCACAAACCUCUACUUCAGUUAAUAAGCAACCCCUUUUCUCGGAAGGAAAGACUAAUUUCGUUCUGGAGUCACUGAAGCUCGAUUGGGAAAACGCUAGGAUGCUAUUGCUAUGCAACAAAAAUUUUGAGAGACAUGCUUCAUAAAUUAGUUGAACUUGAGCUGGAUUUUAAAGAUGUCCAGGAGGUACCGAGUUUUCUCGUUGAGAUACUUGUGAACGCAUCCAAUUUAGAGUGUCUUAAAAUAAGUGGAUUCAGUUUUCUUGAGUUGUUCCCCUCUCAACCUGAACAAAGUGAGUGUGACACCACAGUGCACAGACACUCGACGACCUUGUCCCUUGUCUGUCUGCACAAGUUAUGUGUUUCCUCGUUUCCUCGUUUGACAACAUUAGUACAUUCUGCAUUGUCAUUCUCCAAUCUAAAACAAUUAUCUAUAAAAGAUUGCCAAGAAUUGAAGUACUUAUUUACAUCCUCAACUGCAAGAACGUUAGUUCAUCUUGAAGAGAUGUCCAUAAUGCAAUGUGAAUUAGUGGAAGUAAUAUUGGCAAAAGGGCUAGAAGAAACUACUUCAGAGGUGAUAAGAUUUGAGCGACUCAACACUAUAAAUCUAGAUUCCUUAUCAAGCCUGUCAUGUUUUUAUUCAGGCAGUGACACACUGCUAUUAUCAUCUCUGAUAAGAGUGAUCAUAUGGGAAUGCCCCAACAUGAAGAUUUUCUCCCAAGGAGUCAUAGAUGCCAAAUUCUUUUUGGGAAUUCAAGUCUCGUUGGAUCCAAAUGAGGAUUUGUUCUUCUACCAAGAUCUUAACACCACUGUGAAGGGGAUGUUCCAACGACAGGGAUUUUUUAAAGGCUUGGGCAAGAAGUGUUCUUUUAAUUGUUUAAAGCAACAUCAUGGUAGAGUUGGUCAGCAAAACAAAUGGUUGUGCAAGUUGGUAACUUUAAAGCUGGACAAGUGCAUUUUACCAUAUGCAAUUCCAUCUGCUAUACUUCCUCAUUUAAACAACUUGGAAGAAUUGCAAGUGCGGAAUAGCGACAAAGUAAGGGUGAUUUUUGAUAUGAAUGACACUGAGAUAAUAGAAACACCAUCCCGGUUGAAGAAAUUGACUUUACAAGGGCUAUCGCAGCUGAAGCGUGUGUGGGAAAAGAAUAGUCAUGGAGUUCUGAUGUUUGGAAAUCUGCAAGAGAUCUUUGUUAGUGAGUGUGAAAACCUCCAAACUUUAUUUCCUUCUUUGCUGGCAAAGAAUCUUGAGAAGCUUGAGAAACUCGAAAUGAAAUUUUGUUUUAAAUUGCAAAAAAUUGUUGAAGAGGAAGAAGGCACAGCAGAAAAGUUUGUGUUCCCUCGUUUAGAGAAGUUGGAUCUUUGUGACUUGCCACAGCUCACUUACUUUUACCCUCAAACAUUUACUCUGGAAUGCCCCACCUUAAAUAAAUUAAAUGUGUUGUUUUGUGAUGAGUUGGAAUUAUUUCAAAGUGCUUCAAUUAACAGACUUCCUCUUGUCUCAAAUCUGAAGGUCGUUUCCAACCUGAAGGAAUUGAAACUUGAUUGGAAACACAUUUCGGCAUUAAGUUUAAGGUUUAAGUCUGAGCAAUUUGGAGAAGGCCUCGAAUAUUUAAACGAAAUUUCCCUGUUGUUUGACGCUGAUGAGAAUAAGAAACCUGUGUUGCCUCUCCAAAAAGCACCUGAUUUAACACAUUUGGGUUUAGCAUAUUGGAAAAGUCCUGGGAUAUUCCUUGCUGAAAAGCCCAAAAUUGGUGUGGACGGGAUGAGACAAUUAAAAAUAUUGACACUAUACCACAUAUCUGAGCUCCAGUCCAUCGAGUCAGAAGACUCAUCAUGGUUAAACACAAUUUGUGAGGAGCUCCACGUAUUAAAUGUUGUCAGAUGUAUUCAUUUCACAGCAUUAGUACAUUCUCCUUCUACAAUAUCCUUCUAUUGUCUCAUAAAAGUGUCCAUAUCCAACUGUCCCAAAUUGCAGUAUUUAUUUACAUCUUCAGUGGGCAAAAAGUUAAUGAACCUUGAGGAAAUCACAAUCCAGGAAUGUGAAUCAGUGAAAGAAAUAGUGUCUGGAGAGAGUGAUGAAGAUAAAGAUGAAGAUGAACACAAAGAAGGUGAUGAUAAAUUUGAAAAUGAGAUUAUAUUCGAGAAGCUUCAGAUUUUGAGACUUGACUCAUUACCAAAAUUUGAAGGCUUUUACACGGGGAGUUCCACUUUGAAUUUGCCAUCCUUGAAAGAAGUGUUGUUUUUAUUUAUUGAUAAUUAA